AUGGAAGAAAUUCUAAAUAUACAGUCACCCGUGACAUUCGAUGAGUCGAUAUCUCAUUAUGAGAUUCAUGCUCAUCAACCUUACAACGUUUCAUCUUACAAUAAUAGUGAUGAAAUUCGUAUCUCGGUGCAACAUCAAGACUUGUGUCUUUUGCCGUCAGCUAGUUCGCUUCAUGUAUGUGGUAGGCUAACCAAAGCUUAUGGUACUCUCGUGAAAAAUACAAAGUUGGUAAACAACGCCGUCUGCCAUAUGUUUGAAGAAAUACGAUAUGAGAUAAAUGCUAUAGAGAUCGAUAAAUGUAAAAAUGUCGGAUUAAUUACUAUCAUGAAAGGUUGGGUAUCGAUUAAUCCCAGUCAAAGUCUAAUCAUACAAAAUGCCGGCUGGCUCGACGUUGAGGAGAAAGAGAAUUUGAUGAAUAGUGAAAGAUACUUUGAUAUAUCUAUACCUCUAAGUAUGAUCCUAGGCUUUACUGAAGACUAUCGCAAGGUAGUCAUUAACGUGAAGCAUGAACUCAUUCUCACUAGAUCGAGAAAUGAUCUGAAUUCCGUAAUACAGACACCUACGAAGGUCGCAACUGUAACUACUGCAGCAGAGUACGAGAAUUUCAAGAUUGAGUUGAUGAAAGUUGAGUGGCUCAUGCCAUAUGUAGUAUUAUCUAAUCAGCAUAAAAUCCGGAUGCUUAGUCAUAUUCAGAGUAAAUUGAUCAAUAUGAGUUUUCGUAGUUGGGAGCUGUACGAAUAUCCACUGCUUCCCACUACACCCAAACAUGUUUGGACAGUCAAAACACCUAAUCAGUUAGAAAAUCCCUGCUUCGAGAUCCUCGGCUUCCAAACAAAUAGAAAGGCAGCGAAAGAAAUUAAUGCUAGUCGUUUCGAUCACUGCAAUAUCAGUAAUGUUAAACUCUUCUUAAAUUCACAAUACUAUCCUUAUGGAAAUCUAAAUUUAGAUAUUGAAUGCAAUCAAUAUGCUAUGCUCUACGAUAUGUAUGCCAACUUUCAACAUGCAUACUAUGACAAGAGUAUUGAGCCUAUGCUGAAAAAGCAACACUUCAUCAACUGUCUACCUCUUAUAGUCAUCGAUUGUUCAAAGCAGAACGAAGCUUUGAAAAAUGCGUCAGUUGAUGUUCGGCUGGAAUUUGAAUCCAAAGAUAAUUUUCCCACAGGAACCUCUGCUUAUUGUUUAAUUAUACAUGAUCGCAUAGUUCAGUAUAAUUGCGCAAAUGGUGUUGUGAAAAAAACUCGUUUGAUUUAUUUAAUAACACACAUUGAUAUGAUAUAA